CAGUUUUGCAGAACUCCGAUAUAUGUGGACGCUAACAUGGACUUCAUUUAAAGAAACCCACGGACCAUUAAUGGACAAAAACAUGAAUCAGAUUGUAUUUUGGCAUUCAAAUCCUAGCACUUGGGGAAAGGUUCUGAAGCCCCCUCUUACAUCAGAACUCUUUUCUAAUGAUCCUCUGAGUGUCAUCUCAGGACCCUGGGCACACUCAUGGCACGAUGGCCAACCCUCAGGAGCACCUGAGCUGCUCCUCUUCCCCACACUUGCCUUUGAGUGAAAACAAAACCUUCAAUGGACUACAAGAUGAUGUCGCACCUAUGCGAAGCCACCCUUCACCCAAGCUUCUUAAGGACCAGCAGGAAAAGGGGGUGGUGCAAACAGAGCUAACUGAGGGCAUGAACAGCCCCAUCACCACAACAGUGUUGACAAGCGUAAGCGAGGAUUCCAGGGACCAGUUUGAGAACAGCGUUCUUCAGCUAAGGGAACAAGAUGAAUCGGAGAUGGCCGUGUCUCAUGGGAACAGCAACACUGUGGAUGGAGAGGGCACAAGUGGAACCGAAGACAUCAAGAUUCAGUUCAGCAGGUCGGGCAGCGGCAGUGGUGGGUUUCUUGAAGGACUAUUUGGAUGCUUAAGGCCUGUAUGGAAUAUCAUUGGGAAGGCAUAUUCCACUGAUUACAAAUUGCAGCAGCAAGAUACUUGGGAAGUGCCAUUUGAGGAGAUCUCAGAGCUGCAGUGGCUGGGUAGUGGAGCCCAGGGAGCUGUCUUCUUGGGCAAGUUCCGAGCGGAGGAGGUGGCCAUCAAGAAAGUGAGAGAACAGAAUGAGACGGAUAUCAAGCAUUUGAGGAAGUUGAAGCACCCUAACAUCAUCGCUUUCAAGGGUGUUUGUACUCAGGCCCCAUGUUACUGUAUCAUCAUGGAAUACUGUGCCCAUGGACAACUUUAUGAGGUUUUGCGAGCUGGCAGGAAGAUCACACCUCGAUUGCUAGUAGAUUGGUCCACAGGAAUUGCAAGUGGAAUGAAUUAUUUACACCUCCAUAAAAUUAUUCAUCGUGAUCUCAAAUCACCUAAUGUUUUAGUGACUCACACAGAUGCAGUAAAAAUUUCAGAUUUUGGUACAUCUAAGGAACUUAGUGAUAAAAGUACCAAGAUGUCCUUCGCUGGCACAGUAGCAUGGAUGGCGCCAGAGGUGAUACGGAAUGAACCUGUCUCUGAAAAAGUCGAUAUAUGGUCUUUUGGAGUGGUGCUCUGGGAGCUGCUGACAGGAGAGAUCCCGUACAAAGAUGUAGACUCUUCAGCCAUUAUUUGGGGUGUUGGAAGCAAUAGCCUACACCUUCCAGUUCCUUCCACUUGCCCUGAUGGAUUCAAAAUCCUUAUGAAGCAGACAUGGCAGAGUAAACCUCGCAAUCGACCUUCUUUUCGGCAGACACUCAUGCAUUUAGACAUCGCAUCUGCGGAUGUACUUGCCACCCCACAAGAAACUUACUUCAAGUCUCAGGCUGAAUGGAGAGAAGAAGUAAAAAAACACUUUGAGAAGAUCAAAAGUGAAGGAACUUGUAUCCACCGAUUAGAUGAAGAACUGAUUCGAAGGCGCAGAGAAGAGCUCAGGCACGCUUUGGAUAUUCGUGAGCACUAUGAGAGAAAACUUGAGCGGGCUAAUAAUUUAUACAUGGAAUUGAGUGCCAUCAUGCUGCAGCUAGAAAUGCGGGAGAAGGAGCUAAUCAAGCGUGAGCAAGCAGUGGAGAAGAAGUAUCCUGGGACCUACAAACGACAUCCUGUCCGUCCAAUAAUCCACCCUAAUGCCAUGGAGAAACUCAUGAAGAAGAAAGGUGUGCCUCACAGACCUGGGAUGCAGGCCAAGCGGCCAGAUCUGUUGAGAUCUGAAGGUAUCCCCAGUGUGGAAGUGGCUCCCACUGCAUCCCCUUUGUCCGGAAGUCCCAAAAUGUCCACCUCCAGCAGCAAGAGCCGAUAUCGGAGCAAACCACGCCACCGCCGCGGGAGUAGCCGAGGCAGCCACGGCGACUUCGCGGCGAUCUUAAAAAACCAGCCAGCCCGGGAAAAUUCACCCCAUCCCACUUACCUGCACCAAGCUCAGUCCGAAUACCCUUCUCCCCAUCACCGUAGUCCUCUCCAGCAGCAAUACCAGCAACCCCCUCCCGCCGCGUCUCAGAGUCACCAUCCCAGACUCGACAUGCACGGACAGGACAUUGCAACCUGCGCCAACAACCUGAGGUAUUUUGGCCCCGCGGCAGCCCUGCGGAGCCCACUCAGCAACCAUGCUCAAAGACAGAUGCCUGGCUCUAGCCCUGACCUCAUCUCCACGGCCGUGGCGGCAGAUUGCUGGAAAAGUUCCGAGCCUGACAAGGGCCAGGCAGGCCCCUGGGGCUGUUGUCAGGCUGACCCCUAUGACCCCUGCCUCCAGCGCAGGCCAGAACAGCAUGGGUCCUUAGACGUCCCCUCUGCCGAGCCUGUGAGGAGGAGCCCCAACCUUUUCAAGCCACCAGCACACAACCCCCUCUCGGAAAAUGCCCAAGGUUCUGAGAAAAUGGAAGAAAAGGAAUUCAGCGGCUGUGGGUCUGCAGCGUCCCUCAACACCUCUCAUCACAUCACCCCCCCAGCUCUACCUCGAAAAACAAGGCCCCUUCAGAAGAGUGGAGAUGACUCCUCUGAAGAGGAAGAAGGAGAAGUAGAUAGUGAAGUUGAAUUUCCACGAAGACAGAGGCCCCAUCGCUGUAUCAGCAGCUGCCAGUCAUAUUCAACCUUUAGCUCUGAGAAUUUCUCUGUGUCUGACGGAGAGGAAGGAAAUACCAGUGACCACUCAAACAGCCCUGAUGAGUUAGCGGAUAAACUCGAAGACCGCCUGGCAGAGAAGCUAGAUGACCUGCUGUCCCAGACGCCGGAGAUCCCCAUUGAGAUAUCCUCGCAUUCAGACGGGCUCUCUGACAAGGAGUGUGCUGUGCGCCGUGUGAAGACGCAGAUGUCUCUGGGCAAGCUGUGUACGGAGGACCGUGGCUAUGAGAAUCCUAUGCAGUUUGAAGAAUCGGACUGUGACUCUUCAGAUGGGGAGCGUUCUGAUGCCACAGUUAGGACCAAUAAACACUACAGCUCUGCUACUUGGUAAUGAAAGAAUACCCACCCUGAAGAUCUCAUGACUAUACUGGCAUUUCACAUCCAUCCCACCCCCAGACUCUUCCCACUCUCUCCCUGCUUUUUCAUCUGGGAAGAGAGCUGCCCCAUCUUUCUUACCCCUAGACAUGAGCUGCAAUAACAGGAACAUGAGACUUCACAAAUCUCUGGAAAAAAAUAUCCAAAUGAAAUUAAGUCUCACUGAACAUUUCAAUCAAGAAUGGCAGGGAUCUAUUUUAUUGAAUAUUCUAGCUACUGUAACACUGAUAUUUAUUUUUGUUUGACAUUUUAACACUUUGUACUGUAAAGAGUGAACUAUAUAUGAUAGAGAGAAAGACAAUAAUUUCUUGCAAAAAGAGAGAGAGAGAGAGAGAGAAAGGAGGAAAGAACAGAAGUGGAAUUCAGGAGCAACAUCCUUGGGAAUCUGUGGAGCCAGGAGGUAUUACUGCUGCUUGAACAGGGGACCAGUUCCUCUGGCCAUAAGUGACUGAAGAAGAGCCAGAGCAAGACAUACUGAACAUUUUAGAAAACAAAAACAGCAAAAGAAAAGCAAUUCCAGGUAAUCUGUGAACAGACCACAUUAAAUCCACCCAGCCUGUCCAGAUGGGUGAUGGAAAGACCUAGACAAUUUUGGAGACCAGAGACUUGCACCCAAGGCCUUUGAGGGCAUGUGCUUCCUCUAGGAGGAAAAAGAAAACUGCGUGUGUCAAAGCUGAUCUCAUUUUUAAAAUGCUGAGCACCGUUGGUAGUGAGACUUACAGACAGUGUCCAACCUUUUCCUUGACAAAUUUUCUGCUUUUUAUGCGUCAGUGUCACUACCUUGGCAAAUGCAUUACCUUGACCAAUGUGUUGAUUUUUCAGACUCAAGUGCCAGUUUCCUGUAGCCUAUUUCCUUUCCACCUGUUGGCUGCUUCUUUUAGGGAAAAAGGGGGCAGGGGAGGGAGAGCCUGAGGAGGAGAAAAGGAGAAGACAAAAAGAGAAUGUCCAACAGUGUUGGAAAAGCAAAUGUGGAAUUUGUAAAAGGACAUUUUCAGAAUGUCUCAGUUCAACUACGUGCAGAAGAUGGGAUCACCCCUCCCUGGAACCAGGUUGCUUGUCUACUAGAGUUUUAUUGAUGUAAACAGAACAGUCCUUGAAGACAGCUAGGAGGUGUGUCAGUCUGCCCGAUGUCCAAUCCCAAACCAUCCCCCAUGUUUUUAUUUGUUAACUCAUUCUAUCCCAGAAGCUGUAGUGACUGGCUACCACUAUCAGAAUAAAGGCAAAAUAAGCAACUUGCAAAGGGCAACCCCUUCCCUAUCACAAUAGCAUUUUUGUUAAAUGCUACUUGUAACAUGUAUUUGGAUCAAUGUAGUUUUGAAUAAUUGGAUUUGGAAAUUUGUAGAAGGAACAACUGAUGCUAAGCAGAGAUUGGAAAAAUAUUGUCCAAGGCAUGAGGUCCUUCCUGUCUCUAGGGUCAUGGGCUCUGAGAAACAUCCCAAGGUACCUCAUGGUGCCUUGGCUUUAAGGAAAUUUUUAUCUAGAAUUUUAUAUAAAAACAGAUGUUGGCCUAGUUCCUGUCUCUGUCUCCAAAAUCAGUUACUGCCAAACAACCUCGAAGCUCAAGACCUGGAGAGGGUGGCUAGACGCUCUGAUAUUGCAUCAGACUGGACUUCAGGAAAGACUUACAUACACAGGUAUUAAACCAUUUCCAGUGCAGAUGAAAACAUCACCCUCCUCUGGGUGUCACUGAUUGCAUCGGCCAAAAAGGAAAAGCAGGAGGGAAUUUAGAGCAGUUCCUUUUGCUUGUUUGAUCCCUCCAUUUGUUUACACUUUAUGUUGAGACAUUGAUUUAAAAUUUAGUGUCUGUAAUUUAUAGCUCUUAGGUAGGCUGAAGGAAAAUAUUUAACUUAUACAGAGAGCAGUAUUGUUUCAUUAAAUUAUUCCAUUUUGUAUAAAUUCUGUAGCUGGACUACAUGAAAGAUCUUAAGUUAUGGUAUUAUUAUCAUUGUUAUUUUAUUUUAUAAUUAUCUUUCUCAUUUUCUGUCGAUCAGAAGGUGUGGUUUAUGGUGUAGCACAAUGAUUGUGUUUAUUGCUAACCAUGAAUUAUUAUGGAUUUUUAUGAAGGAAUGAAAAUGGAACUGCCAUUUGGGAGCUCCCUGGUAUUUGUCUUAGCUGUAUUCCCUCAUUUUCUGUGUACAACAACAAUCAUCUGAGGAUGCGUGUACCGCCCUGAGGUCCAGUGGAUACGUUGUGAUUUUGACUUGAUUGCAAAAGCUCCUAGGUGGGCAUCAGAUGACUGAGUGGUGGACAAAGAGUUCAAAAGCUGUACAUUUUCUCGAGUUUCUUAAGAAAUAAAAUCAUGGGACUACAUUAGAAGCACAAAGAGAAUUAUUUAAUGCCCUGAGAGGAACAGGCCUACAGGGAAUCUGCAUGGGGCCUGUGGGGUAGAUAGUUUCAAGAACUGGCAGCAUAGUUUGUAAUCUCCUUCCUACUAAAUCCCAUAAAACCAACACUUUUCUCCUAGUUGGGAGACUAUAAAAAGGAAAUAAAUAGAUGGCAUGACAAAAAAAAUGCCUAACUGUGAUGUCAUCCGAUAGCAAGACAAGAGAAAUUCUAGAAUGAGGCUUAGUCUCUUAGUCACCUGAGCUGGAAAAGUACCUGAAAACCCAUAUUUUUCAUCCUCUGACUUCAGACCACACCAUACUGUGAAUCUCUCUGGUUCAUUACUUCUGAGAACAGAGAGGCUACAACUCUGUGUCCUCUUUAUUUAUUUAUUUAUUUUUUGAUGUGGACCAUUUUUAAAGUCUUUAUUGAAUUUGUUACAAUAUUGCUUCUGUUCUAUGUUUUGGUUUUUUGGCCACGAGGCAUGUGGGAUCUUAGCUCCCCAACCAGGGAUCAAACCCGCAUCCCCUGCAUUGGAAGGUGAAGUCUUAACCACUGGACCGCCAGGGAAGUCCCUCUGUGUCCUCUUUCUGUCCAACAUAAAACACUGACCCUUCAGCGUGUCCAGGUCUUGCCCACCUGUCAUGGCCAAAGAAGAACAUGAAGGUUAACGUGUCUUACCCCUUUCAGUGAUGGUCUUCCUGGAAAACCCACCCCAAUACCUCAUAAUUUUGAUAACUUUUUUGAAUUCCCAUCUUGACUGUCUGUCAUGGUAAUGCCAUAUACCUGUCUGGAUUGACUGUUAUGAGCAAGUUAGCGUAGCAGACAGUAUUGAAUCUUCAAGUCAUUCACUCUAUUGUCAAGAGUUGAAUAGGGCUUCCCUGGUGGCGCAGUGGUUGACAGUCCGCCUGCCAAUGCAGGGGACACAGGUUCGAGCCCUGGUCCGGGAAGAUCCCACAUGUCGUGGGGCAACUAAGCCCGUGCGCCACAACUACUGAGCCUGCGCUCUAGAGCCCCCGAGCCACAGCUACUGAGCCCAUGAGCCGCAACUACUGAAGCCCGCACGCCUAGAGCCUGAGCUCCACAACAAGAGAAGACACCGCAAUGAGAAGCCCGCGCACCACAAUGAAGAGUAGCCCCCGCUCGCGGCAACUAGAGAAAGCCUGCACGCAGCAACGAAGACCCAACGCAGCCAAAAAUAAAUAAAUACAUUUAUUUAUUAAAAAAAAAAAGUUGAAUAAAGUUCCACUUUGAACAUUUUACUUAUUUUUUAGUAGAAGUGACUAGAGGCUUCAGAGAACAGUGUCUUUAGUCUAGGUUAAAAGAGAAAUGCCUUCUCUAUCCCAGGCUACCCUUCACUGCCUGCCUUGAAAUAACCAGCACUAUUUUGAAUUAGUGUGUGUUUCUUUGAGAACAACUCCACAGUCAUCUGAAGAGUGGAACGAAGAGCUCGGGGAAUUUAAGAGCUAAUUCUUCAGUCUGACAACUGGGUGGCAGUGCUUUAAGGAAACUUACAGGACUAUGAUUUCAAGCUUCAUUGUUGAUCAAAAGUUUAACCCCCUUGAAGUGAAUUCCACAUUCAUUUAGCAUCUGGUUUUGACUGACUGCAAGAUAAUGAGUUUUUAUUUGUUUCGCAGAUGGGCAUUUGGUUCUGAUUCCCAUCUAUUUCUAGAUCAUGUCCUCUGAAUAACAAUGCCUCUUAAAAUUGCUUGGCAGAGGGACUGAGAAGCCUGCAUCCUCCUUUGAAGUUAUAAUAGACCUUACCACCACUAAAGUUUGGACCUGUUGGCGAGAUUGUGGGGAGCACCUACCCAGGGAGGUGAAGGUGUUAACUGUGUUGUAUGAUGGUUUGGUAUGACCAGCUUGAAGUUCACAUAUUUUAAAACUUUAGUAUCAACAAAUCCAUCCUUCUAGAAUUAAGGAUAUUUUAGUAGGAUUUAAUAAAUACACUGGACUUCCACUUCAGGGCCUCAUUGUACUAAAUUUUCCUCUUACCCUAAGUAAUAAUAGAUUUGAUGGUUUGGGGUUUUCCUGGUACCAACCCAAUUUUAAAUGCCCUCUCCCACUGUGGAGCAUUGACGUUUUUCCAGUGUGAAUGCAUUCUUAUCGAUCAAAAGAUUUACCCUUUUUUUCCAUGCCCUUUUGUCUCAAUCCGCCCCCCUUCCUUAAAAUGUUUCUACUUGAACUUCCUGUGACUGAAUUCUACAAAUUCCAAGGAAUUCCUGCCCUGCUCUGCAGUAUAGUGUGCUAUGUUGUAUUUUGUUUUUCUACCAAGCCAGAAACCAAAAUACCACGUCAUACCACCAUCUACCAUCUCCACCCUCGAUACCCAAGACCGUGUUAUUUAUUGAUCACCAUAUUCUUUCCUACUGAGCCUGGACAUGGCCUCAGAACCUCUCACAACACAGCAUUUGGAGCCAUAAUUAGCACUUGAUUGGAAUUGGUGUGCAAGGGGACAUCUGUUUGCUGUCCCAGCUCUAACCUCAUAAUUAAUUUCCUAAGGUGGUUUGAGAUCUUGAGUUAGCCCUGAUGGGAGAAUGACAGGAUAUACCAGUGUACUCCUUAUAGAUCCCACCCUACGGCUAUCAGGGGGCAGCACCAAUGACAGGAGAAAGGCCACGUGCCUCCACCCACUGCCCUUUUGGAGUAUGAUUCCAAUUGUAUAUUGAAUUCCAAAAUGUCUCUUCAUUUACAUCAUUUCAUUGUUAAAUGAGCAUGUUCCUCCACCUCCUUCUAUAAACAGAAAGUUAAUACAAGUCCCAGUUACUUGCUUCUUCCUUAGACUCUAUGAGACUGAUGUACCAAAACAACGUGACAUUCUUUUCAAGACUUUGACUUGUACUGUCAGUAUGAACUUAGUGCCUUUCUAGGCAGCAAGAUUUUUCUUCAUUGCUGAUUUCAUAGAAUAAAUGACCUAAUAUACUCACAUCACCAACGUUAGCAGCCUCACAGACUAGCACAUAAGAAUCACAUUAGUCUGCUUGUUUGCAUCUUACAGCCAAUACUGCAAGCACCUAUUCAAACUGGAAUGAACUAGACUGCCAAGUGGAGGACCCCUGUGGAACCUGGAACACUUCUCAGGGACAGGUGGCAGAAGAGGGGAGCUCUGAAAUCACUGUUCUGAGAAAUAGGGUAACCCCAAAAGGGUUGGGUUAAGGCUUUUGUUAACUGUCAACGUAACCAGAGCAUGCUGGCAGGGUUUCACACAGAGCCAAGCCCCCAAGCAGACGGUAAGGCCACUGUAAGAAAACUUCCGGCCAAAUCCCAGGCCUACUCUCUAGAGCCACUUCACAGCACUCAGGGGCACACUGGCUCCUGGCCCCAGGCUGCUGCCCAGUGACCAGGCAGACAGGGUCCUCCCGUGGUUGCAGGCCAGAGGGAACCCCACCAGAAGGCGCAGGCUAACAGGAAGAUGUCCCUUCUUGACCGCAUCGCCCGGGUAGCUCACUACCUCGAGCGACCACUUCUCAGAGUCCGGAAGUGGGACGACCCACUUUGAUUCUUGAUUGCAAUAAUUGGAGUUCCUUUCAGUUUGGAGCAAAUUAACUUUUUUUGUUGUCAAGUCUCAGAAUGAUCUCCCUCAUCUGUGUCCUCUGAGGUCUCCGGUACUGUUAGCUCCCCUGCUCCCUGUGUGGGUUCUGACGCCGGCGCCCUCUUUGUAUUGAACAAUUGUACAGCGAUGGGAACAAGAGCGACUAUCAAAGCAAACAAAUGCAUGGAAUUAAACAAAAAGUGUACUUCA